AUGUCGAAUCUGACUACAUCAGAUCCAAUUCCUUUGAGUCCCGACUCCGCAGAAAGAGUCUUUCAUGAAAACGGAAAACCAAUAGGACAAAUAGUUACUUUGAAUAGUAAUUCAAAGAUUAUUGGAAAAUCUUUACAACACAAAGAAGCCUAUGAAAAUACAUCGAGCGGUGUUGGUAGAAUAUUUGUAAAAUAUAAUGUAAAAGGUGAAAAUGAACCAGUUUGGUGCAGUGGUACUGGAUUUUGUGUGAAGAAUAAUCUUGUUAUGACUGCAGCUCAUGUACUUGCAUAUCCUGUCGAUAUUCAUCUUAAGUACGACAAGAUCUAUAUAUUCUUUGGUCCUGAUGCCACCAUCACAAGUGAGAUCGAUCUUACUAAUAUUAAUGUGGAGACGAUGCAUGAGUUGGAGUCAUGUGGAAGAGAUUAUGAUUAUAAAUUUAAUGAUCCUUUUAUUGUCACUGACCACAAAAAUACACCAUACAGUUGGCAUACACGAAACGAUUUAGAGGUUCUCAGAUUCAAAGGAACACCACCGACAGGCAUCAACAUUAUAUUUCCAAUGCCUCCAACUAACGACAUAGAAAUCGACCACUAUGUCAUGGGAUAUCCAGGUCACAUAGAAUUAGAGAAAUUUAUAUCCGACUACAAGGGAUCCACAGAGCAAAAUUUAGGAGCCCUUUACGUUCAAGUGAACCAAGAAUCACGUGGUUUCCAGAGAAAGACUGUCUCCAUUGGUAAAGUUGUCAGGUCAAAUGAAAAUGUGAUUUCACAUCUCUGUCCAACGCUCAAAGGAGCUUCAGGAGGUAUUUUUGCCAUCAGUCAGCAUGAAAGAAAGUUUGUUGGUGUUCAUCUCGGAGGAACUGAAGAAACAGGAAAUAUUGCACUCUCAGUCACACACCCAUUAUUCUUGCAUAUUUAUCGAACCUUUGUUCUUGAUGAUGAUCAAUUCAUUCAAGAUAACCUUAAAAAUUUGGAACUUUAUUUAAAUCACAUUAACCAUGCACCUACACCAUAA